GCUGCUGCUGCUGCUGCUGGAGGAGGAAGGUGGUGGUGCAGAGCCAGCACCAGCACCAGCAGCAGAGAGACAGAGGAACCUGCAGGGAGGACGAGGCUCCACCACCAUGACAUCCUCCAGCAAGCAGCUCCUUCUCCUCCUCCUGCUGAUGCUCUUCUGCAGCAGCAACACAAAGACGGUGGAGCCCUCACCAACACCUCCACCACUGGUUCCUGUCAGUCCGCUGCCAACACUCACCACGACGGUCACUCUGACAGGUCAGAGUCACGUGAAGAGAAUUGAGCUGAUAAAUCGGGCCAAUCUGUCCCUGGAGUGCAUUUGGCCCGGUGGUCAGAACCACUCACUGAACAUAACGGGCUACUGGGCUAAAGAUGGACGUGAGGUUCAGGGCAGUCGUGUCACGGUGCUGCCGGAGAAUGAGCAGUAUAAACUCAAAGCAGGGUUCAGUAUCAUUGCAGAGGUAAACCUGGGGAAUUACUCGUGUGUGUUUGGAAGUGAAGCAAAAGUAGAUUUUAUUUUGGCAGCUCCACAGAUGGCUGAAACCCGAGAUAAGCCCGUCGUCAGCUACGUGGGGGAUUCUGUGGUGUUGGUGUGUAAAAUGGAGGAGGCCAAACCAAUGCCCAACACCUGGCACUGGUACAAGGACAAUGGCACGGAAAAGGAGCAGAUCUUCAGUGCCCCAGCGCCGCAUCGUUAUGAGAUCUACAACGAUGAGAGGAAAACCAAACUUAAGGUGAAAAACCUGACCGAGGCGGACUCUGGCCGGUUCUACUGCGGCGCCGUCUACAACAUCAGCACCUCCAUGAGCCACAUGUCGCUGAAGGUAAUCACCUUCAUGGAGCCGCUGAAGCCCUUCAUAAGCAUCAUGGCGGAGGUUAUCGUGCUGGUCGCCGCCAUACUUCUCUGGGAAAGAAGCCGGUCCAAGAAAAACAACACAGAAGAUGCUACGAAUGCUGACCAAAACACGCUGCAACAAGAAGACGAUAAUGGAACAGAGGAAAGUCCUUCGAUGAGGCAGCGGAAAGUGGAAAGUCCAUAAAGCCUGAUGACAAUCAAAUUCAAGCUUCCAUAAAAAUCAAACUAGAAGAGUUUGAAAGCAAUAUUUGAACGGUUGUUUUAUGUCAUUUCUUCUCCUCUUUUAAUCUCUUCACCGUAACUGCUGCUGUACACGAGUCUUGGAUUGCUAGCAGUGCCUUACACCCCUGAAAUGCAUUUAGUAAAUCACCUUUGUGCAUCUAACGUCACCUCAACUUGACCGGUGUCACUUUCAUGUUAAUGUAUCAAAAGAUUUUAAUAUUUACGCAACAUGAACAAUGUGAUGUCUAUUAAAUGAUCAAAAAUGUGAUAUUAAAACACAAAAACGUGG